ACACAGAAUCUUGAAGUGGUCAAGGGGUUACUUCCACGGACAGAGGAUGAGGCAUUUGUGAGGACCAUAUCUUACGAUGGUGUGGAGAACCUGGUUGAUGAUGUUGUGGAUGACACAGAGGCUGAGGCAGGUAGUCAGGUACCAGAGACUCAGGUCCCAGACACUCAGGAAACAGACACUCAGGCCACUGGUUCAGAACCUCAGCCCAGUGCACCAUCUUCAUCAGGCGUUCGGGGUGCCGAGUACACUGAUUUAGUGGCUCGGUUGGAUAGGAUCGAGGCUGACACUCAGGGUCUGUAUGCUGCUCAUGUCGAGCUGAAGAAGGCAUACGAGACCAGCCAUGUAGAGCUGAAGGGUGGUCAGAACGUAAUUAUGGAGCAGCUCAGACACAUAUUGGCCAUGUUGAAUCGUCCGCCAACGACGGCUUCAGCACCGGAGGCCCCAGCAGAUCCAUCUACCCCACCACCAGCUGCUUCACCCCCAGUAGAAGAGGAUGAGGUCUUCCCCGACGAUUACGACCCUUAUGAGGGAGCUCCAGCGACUCCGAUCGAGGCACAACCUCUUAUCCAUGUACAUGACACCGAGUCGCAGGGUGAGAUUCUAUCCAUAGAGGCACAACCUGCAGUGGUUAAGAGUCGGAAGAGGAAGAGAAAGCCUCCUGUAUGGUUCGGUGACUAUACGGAGAUGAAGAGGAGACAUAGGCCAUCUUCGACUUUUGAUCCCCUGGAGCCACCGGAUGAGAAAUUGUUAACCACUUUCCGAAAGUGGUGUGUUGGACUCAUUCCGAACCACCGACUUCGGGAUUUGAGAAGUGGUGAUUACGGUCCAGGAUUCUUUUGGAUAAUGCUCACACCAAAGGAAUGGCUUACAGAUGACGUAAGUAAAGUAUUUUAUAAUAUUACUUCACUUUACAACUUUAUGUGCAAUUAAUAUAUUUUUUUGUCUAACUGACAUUUCCCUUUAUAUGCAACAUAUAGAUGCAGCAAUGCAUAUGCUGAGGAGGCGACACACCGACUAUCCACUGACAUUUCCUCAGAAGGGUAUCAUUCUCUCCACAUUCGUGACCGCCAUGAUGAGCAGUGCAUGGACGAGCCACAAGGGUCCGAGGAAAAACUUUAAAUGGGAGGAUUAUAUCCUGGACUACUGCAGAGGGGCUCAUAAGGUAUUGUUUUAGUAAGAUUUUAAAUGUUAAUUGUUUGGGAAGAUUAUUAUGGUUUGUUAAUUGUUUCGUUGUUCUCUGUAAUUACAGUCCCAAGUCUUUGAGAGAUGGAGGGGUAACGAGUUUAUUUACUUCGUUCUGAACCUUCCCGAGGCAAGGCACUGGGUCACAGUUGAAGUCGACAUAGAGCUGUGGAAAAUUAAUGUCUACGACUGUGAUUCCAGCGUCUGUCAUUGGACCGCCUUGGAACCCAUCCUGAAGGUUUGGGCAGAACUGCUGCCCUCGCUAAUCCUUGCAACCGGGGAAUUUCCACAUAACAACCAGAUCAUGGCGUUAGCUAACUGUGACAUCACGGUGCUUCCAAAAAUGCACGGGACUCGAGCCACUCACGACUUAGUUUCGAAGUCAGCAACCAGGUACAUAGCGAUAAAAAAGUACUAUAGUAUUAAAAUAUGUUUUACGUUAGACUGACUUUACAUUUUAUUUUGCAUUUAGUGGUGAUUGUGGCGUCUAUUGCAUUGAGUAUGUGGAGCAUCUCAUGAUGCAGCGUGGAUUGACCGAUGUGACGCCAGACCGGAUAGCUAUGUUUCGUCAACGGUGGUGUGUCGAUUUAUUUUACCAAAAUGUCGGCUGAUUAUAUGUGUAAUUAUUGGGACAUUGUAUAUUUUGUGUAAUUAACAUUACAGUUAUGUAUAUAUAGAUUUUCUUUUCGUUCAAA